AUGUCUGCCGAUAUCCAGGGUAUACUUAACCGGUCGAAUCGGACUAUUUCUCGCACUGCAAGGCCCAAGAAGAGACCCGUUGCAAAAUCAAAUGCUCAGGGGAAAAGCCAUGCUCCAGAUGUCAAAGUGCAGGCUAUGGAGAUCAAUGCAGAUACGCGACCCGCGAUCGCAAACUAUUUGGAGCAGCUUUUGAAAGAUAGCCAGGAGCUGCAUGACCGUCGACGUCGUCUGAAACAGGACAAUCAACCAAACGGGGACGAGCAAAGCGUUGACUUCCAACAAGUUGGGCAUGAUUCCAACGUACCUACUGAGCCUCCAGUACAGGGCAUUCUACUAAAUGACAGGCCCUGGUUUCAAUCCAACGAUGCACCAAUAGUUCCUCUCUACAUUAGUGAAGCAACUUGCACAGCCUUUGCCACUCGUUUAUGCCGAUGCCUGAAAGCAACCAACACACCAACACCUCAUCUUCCCAGAUCCCGUUAUAUCGACGAGUCGGUGAUAGUAUCCUUACUUGACAGAGACUUACAAUGGCCAAGUCAUGUAAGCGCCCAGCUCAUGGUGAAGACUGCACUCGGCCAUAUCAUCCCAAGUUUCCACUUGGCCUUGAAAAAGGACACAGUGGACAUGCUCUACACCGUCUAUCAGAGAGGUGACUUUUGUAAUCCCGGUGUUAAGUGCAAAUACUUUGCUCUAUUUGCUAUCGCACAGGUUUACUCGACUCCUUACGAUCUUUCCGACACGUCAAAUAUACCUGGUUUGGCCUAUUUCGCCAAAGCGUUGAGCCUCAUUCAGGUCAUCCCUGAAAGACCAAGCAUGAUCCAUAUAGAGAGCCUGCUCUUGAUUGCCUACUACUACCAAUUCCUGAACCGAUUUCAUUCCGCCUACCUUUUGAUUGGGAAUGCGUUGCGACUCAGCCUUAGCAUAGGACUCAACUACAAUAUUCCCCAAGCCCAGGGCCUACAUCCAGUAGCACGAGAACACCGCAUCCGAAUAUGGUGGACCAUUUAUGUGCUUGACCGGUUCUGGGGUUCGAAGUCGGGGUUUCCUGUACAGAUCCACGAUGCAGAUAUCCACGUUGACAUACCGUCCACCUCGAUAUCUGAAACUUAUCACGAACAAUUCUCAGAUGGCGCGUACCAAGUGGGAGCAAUAGAGCUUGCCAGAAUCAUGGGCAACACGACAGGAGAGAUAUACUGCGGAAGAAUCUCGGCGGAGACCUUUCUACAUCGUGAACAAAGGCUUUUGACUCAAUUGAAACAAUGGGCUGAAUCUAUUCCCAGCCAUUUGCGGCUCAGGGAGGAUAUACCAAACACGAAACAUCUUGUUCAGAUGCAUCUUCAAUUCAAUUUUUGCGUCAUCCUGGCUAUCCGACCAGUUCUCCUGCAUGUUCUCACUUUGAAGACUAAAGACCAAUGCAACCAAUCUGCAGACUUCACCUCGCCAGUCCUGAUCACCUUAUCUGAAGCAUGCAUCCACGCAGCACGACACACUCUAGCACUGUGUGUAAAUGAAUGGACUGGCGGAUCCCUCGCCGUAUUUGGCUACGCUUUUCCUGCUUUUCUCUUCUCCGCUGCACUGAUUCUGGUCAUUUCGAGCCUUCUGCCCCUCGGAGACCCCAACGACCUUGCAUCGGCCGCAACCGCACUGGAAAUCCUAAAGAACCUCAGCUUGUCAGAUAAUCUCGCGUCGAGAGACCUUUACGAACGACUACAGAUGGUGCUCCAAUAUCUUCGGUGCAGUCCACUCUGUAAUGCAUUGCUAGCUCACAGCGCGGACAAUGCUGCAGAUGCAGAUUUGUCGACAGCUGAGCCUUCUGAAUUACAGCCAGGACGGGCUUUAAGCAAUCUUCAAUCCUCGAGGCCCUUGGAAGACUCGGGUGAGACGAAUGUUCCCUAUCUCACCGCGGAAAUGGCUCUUCAUCAACCGACCAUGCUGGAUUUUUUGACUCAGUCUUCCGUGGAUUUCGGACUUGAACCGACGGAUUUUCUCAAUGAUUUCGAUCUGGCUUUCUCCAUGUCUUCCGAUUCACCCUUCACCUGA